AGCCGCGCACAUCGAGCAGCAACAACACGGCACCGCAGGUCGUUCGAACGAGGACGCCGAACGGACGCGUUAAAGAGACGCGCGCGUGCCAAGACGAGAUAAAUGAGCGCGUGCGAACCGCGGAGUGGCGAGAAAAGUGCGAUUCGGAUCGAGUGCGCUCGCCUGUGUAAUUAGCAACAGAUAAAGUCGAUGCCUUAUCGUCGUUCGACAACAUUCGCGGCAGACGGAAUGAGGGACACCCCGGGAGAAAAUUUCUCGUCUCUGGAUACUCGGAUAGUAUGUGGAACUUAGAAACACCCGUUUUGUAUCGAUGACACUAACUGUAACGCGUGCAUCGAGUUCGCAUCACAGGAAAUGUUGAUCGUGCGAAAGCAAGGACUUCCGAGAGUUCCACAUGCGAAAGGCUCGCCUGACGAUGGAAGAAAGGAACGUCGACCAGCAGGAAGAGGUUAUACGUCGAAACCUGCGCAGGAGACUUUUCCAGGACGACGAGGAUGAUGACAGCGGACAAUCGACAAACAGUGAGAGCGGCGACGGGCAAACGAGCAAUGGCGAGAACGAUAACCUUGCCAAUCGUCUGUUCGAGGAAGCUCGACGGAAUCGAGAGAAUGCGAAGAAAAGGUGGAACUUCGAUUUCGAGAACGAAGUGCCGCUGCCUGGUCGUUACGAAUGGGUGAGGGUCGACCGUGACGGAAAUGAAAUCUCUGAUUUCGCGCAGUUAAAAAACGGACUACGUGAUUCGCAAGAGGAACGCCCGGAGGGGGCAGCGGAAGAAGCGGAUGCGGAAGAAAAGGAAUGACGGUCGGGCGGCCACAGCACGCGAUGACGAGGAAAAAGGAAGAAGAAAUAGAUCAAACACACAUGGAGUCUCCGUCGUGAUAUUAUUUCAGCUACUAUAGCAGAUAGUUCGUAGGGAGGUUUGUAGCAGCAACGGCAGUUGAUAUUUUGUACUUGACAAUUAACGAUUCGUCUCCCGAGGCAGAGCGGAAGAUCGGGAGAGCACGAGUGACGAGAAUUGUUCGUACGCUUCCUCGCGAGAACUCGCGAUCCUUGUACGAAGAACGAUCGACUUAUGACGAGUCCUAUGAGCAGAUGUGAUAAAUUAGCGAUUUCCAAAACAAUGAAAAAUCGGCGCUGUAUCGAUUAGAAACUAGACUAUUUAUCCGUACAAAUUCUAGUCAAGAGCGGGGUGUCCCGCGGGAACCAAAGUCGUAUCCUCUCAAUUCUCAUAAACGUAAGUCCAGCCGAGAAUCGAAAUUUCUAGGUGAAAACAAUCGAGCGCGCGCAUAUCGGGACGAUCUCGCGUCCGAAGAAUCCGCUUCUAUCAAUUUCUAUCGUCGCGUGACAGUAUUUAAGUAUUUAAGGAAGCGAACACGUGCAAUACACGCGAUUGUACUCGAGUGAUAUUUUAUAUAUACGGAGCACACAGGAAUAUGUUUAAUAAUAUAUAUGUGGAACAAAGAGAGGGAUAAGGUGAAAAAUAAAUAUCUUCGCAUUAUUUAUUGAA